AACACAGAGUUGGUCUAUUUUCAGGUCUAGAACGUCUAUGUGUUUCUACUGCUGACGGAGAUUUGCAUUUCUUUUCGAUGAAAGAUAGUGACGAUAGAAAGCAAGACGAAGCCAGCUCUUUGUCCAUGGAUCAGAGCUCGUCUCCUCAGAAACCCAAUGACAAGAUGCUAGCGACGUGUGCUACGCCGUGGCAGCUGCGCGAACUACGGCUGCUGUACGAGUUGACCCAGUUCGAGAACCUGAGCCCAUGCUAUGCGGCCACUGUGCCCGCCUGCUGGACUGAGCUCAUGCAGGCCCAGAAACAGCGCCGUCAUCCCCAGCAUCUGCAGCAUGCCGACGAAGUUCACCACACUCGGUCCUGGCGGCUGCAGCAUGACAAUUCGACCUGGGACGAGCACGUGUUGGAGAUGACCCUGCCGCAGAGCGCGUGCAUCGGCCAUGUUGACGUCAAGUUCACGCUUCACUCGCACUGCGCCACACCGCCACAAAUCGAGGUCACUCUGCUCAAGCAGAACGCCACCGCAAUCGGACGCCACAGCCGGUCUGCUGCCACCGCCUCUCCUCCUGCCCCCGACGCCACUGUCGAUUUCAACCUCAACACCGACUCCAAGAAAGGCUUGCAAGAGAACCCAGUAACGAACGAAGAGUACCUGGAGACGCACAACAUGGAGGUGCUGGCCGGGCCAAUUAACCUGGCCUCCUGCCUGGACUUGACCGAGCAGGGCGGUACCAUCACAUUCUCCAGUGUUAAGCUAUUCAGAGUGCGCAGUCGCACACUGCUCGUACACAUGAAGUCACUGGCUGAUCCUGCUGCCGGACAAGCGUCAGGCAAAAAGGCAAAAGUGGAUCCGAACUUCAGCUGGGACAUGUCAAAUAUGGCGAACUCCACUCCUGACAGCAUUGUUGAAAGACUGACUAACGCAUCUAGGAAGGUCGAAUACGUGGGCUGUGACUGGAUACACGAAGUGUCCAUUACUAUUAGAAAAGCUAAACAAACUGAAAUUCCUAAUGAGAGACUGGAACGGUACGCGAUGCUAGAAUCGAACACAUUCGUGGAGAAACUGUUGGACGUGAUCUUUGCGUCGUCGUCUAGCGAUAACGGUGACAGGGGUCGCGUGGAGCAGAGCAUCGCACUGGACAUCCUCAACUGGAUCGCGGUCAUCCGGCUGGGGCGCCUGCGCUGUUGUGAGCCCAGCUGGCAUCGGCUGCAGCUCGAGUUUGUCAAGCUCAUACAGGCCUACCAACAUGUCCUCAUUCAGACAUGCUUUGUGCAGGGCGGUCGCUCCACCGCGCAGAAGUGUGUCAAGCUGUUUACCAUCUGCAGCGACGGUGUGAAAAACCUAGAAGACAACUCCCUGAAAGACUUCAACCGCAGCCUUGUGGAGGUGUUCCUGGAGAGCCUGAACUCUAUUCUGCAGAGCUGGUCGGCCGGCGCCAUGCGCUGGUUCUUCCACUGCCUCGCCAGGAUGAUAGCCGCCGAUCCCAACUCGGCGCUCAAGGCCUCCUAUCGCUCGCUCAUGCUGCUCAGCAAAGUGGCCAGGCACCUCAAGAUCAGGCAGAAUCCUAGCUAUCUGCUGCUUCGGUCUAGGUUUGGCCUGUAUGGCACACCGCUGGAGGCGGAACUGUUCGACAUAGAGCCGCCGGUUCCGGCCAAGUUCUCGUCGAUGCCAGUGACGUAUGCCAGCUUGGUCGCCCAGGAGCUAGCAUGGGCGGGAGGAGUGGGGGUGGGUGGUAGCCUGGGUGGAGCCUCCUCCUCCUCUGCGGCCGCCAACGAGCCCAUCGAUCUCAGGGAGCUGUUGCCGAUUUUCGGAAAUGGAAACAAUCAGAGUGAAAGUGGGAAGCCGAACUUGUACCACAACCUGGCCAAACUGAAAGGCCUGACCUCGAAUCUGUACAUGAAGGGUCUGCUAGAAGUGGAGCCUUUGCACUUCACCUGCCACUCGACCAGCGACGGAACCAAACUCGAGAAAAUGGAAUCUGUUGGAAUGAGCAACCCGUGGGGCAAUCUAUACGAAGCGCAGCCGUUCCACUUGGCUGCCUCUGAAACUAAUAAGGCCAUCAACGAGUUGGACGGACCAUUGAGCUGGCAACAGCUGCUGACUGCGCCGGCGCAACAGAUGCUGGUGAUUGAGCGCAUGCACUCUGGUGCUCGCCGCUUUGUCGUGCUGGACCUGGGCUGUGUCGUGCUGCUGACCGACCUGAUCGUGCCGUCCUGUCCCGAGCUGUUAUCGUUGUCGGUCGACAUCUGGACGCGGUCGGAGGAGGUCGACGCUCAGCGGCUGGUGGUCGCCUCAGACAUCGCCAGCAAGACGCUUGUCAUGAGCGACAUUCAGCCGCCGCCUGUCUGUCGCUACAUCAAGAUAACAACAAUUGGAAGGUACGGAAUGAGCACUACUAAAUGCAAAAUACCGAUUGGAUCGUUUUUCGGUCACAUGGUCCUACUCCCCGGUGAAGAUUAUGCCGAGAAAACUUCGCUAGUCCAAAACAUGACUGAGGAAAAUACACAGAACCAAAUCCAAGUGCUAUCAGCUUUAUUCGAAGAUGUGCAAUGCCGGUAUUCGUUGGCUUGCUCGAAACUGGAAAAUCUGGUCACUCCACUGUUGAGCUCGGAAUCGCCCAAUGUGGGCCACAUGUAUAACUACCUGCACAAAGUCAAAGAAACCACCAACAACUUGGAAACUCAGAAAAUUACUACUGCUUACCAGGAAUGCAUUACAUAUCAACACCAACUGAACAUAAUCAGAAGUGUUAUGAGAAGAUUUGGAGCUAAAUCAACUCCUGUAUCGACUGAUAUCCAACAGAACUUGACUACUUCUUGCACCGAUAAACUGAGAGUACUAGGUGAAAGCCUCACCGAUUUACUACUGUACAUUGUCUACGGAGUUGGUUUCGAUCCUAGAGUGGAUUCGGCGCAUCUGCACCAAAUGGUGGACGAAUCGCAGUGCGAGAGGCUGUUCAACUGCAUCUGUGUGGGAGAGGACAUCCGAAUGCAGGUGUCAUGUUGCACUCUGCUAGUGCGCCUGUGCGGACUGCAACCCUGGUGGGGAUCUUUCCUGGUCAACACCAUCAAACAUCUCUACUCCUCCAAACAGUUCAACAUAUUCCCGCAAGAUAGAGUGUUCAUCCUGCUGAUCUACAUGGGCCGUAAGUCGCUGUGCGGCGGCGCCAACCGCAGCUCAGUGAUGGACAGCCUGCUGAAGACCAUCCUCAAUCAGCUGCAGUCGCUGGCCACAUCAGCUGAUGACCAGGAGGAGGGCGCAGUGGGAGGGGGUGAGGAGGCAGGUGCAGUGGGAGGGGGCACUGGCUUCUUCCGACUGCAGAUGGACUUGUCGCUGGUCGGGUGGCUGCUGCUGUUUCUGUCGCAGUGUCUCGACUCGCAGCCCAGCUUCUGUUCACUCGAUGAGCUGCCCGACAAGAUGAAGAACUCCAAGAAUAGUGCCCCUGCAUCGAGAUGGGACUUCCUUCAAGGCGAAAUGGCCAUGCAGAGACGAACUUACCUGACAAAUAAAUGCACAGCUUCCAGAAAUUAUCGCCGUAAACUGCAGAAGAAGCUGAUGCAUCACAAACAACAGCUCGACGACCUUGAAUCAGCUAAGAAAGCGUUUCAUGCUUCAACACAGGCUCUGUCAGCACUGUCAAGUCAGGCGGCAAAACUGUCUUGCAAGCUAGAGACGGCACUCAAACAACAGGAGCAAUACUACAAGAAGUCUGCCAAACAAGCUACAUCGCCAAGAACAAGUAAAGACCAACAAGGAUCGUUUCGUUCAAGUCGUUCGGGCGAAUCGUGCAGCGAUAGUGACGGAAAGAGGGGUUCGAAUUCGCUGAAAGACUCGGAUUGCCAGUUUCUGAUGCUGCCCAGAACUCAUUGUCUUCCAGUUGCCAGAGCUUUAAUCAAAUUUCUACUACACAUGGAUAUCACAUGUAACAUUGACCUGUUUCUACUCGUUUGCAAGGUGAUAGCGCGGGUGACAGUGUGGACGAAGCCAGGUGUGUCGCUGGGCGAGAUCAUGACCCAGGACCAGUUGGCCAGCCUGCUUCUGAUAGCCGUCUCGAACCGGUCGGUGUGGGGAGGACCCUGGGCCUCGCAUGCCAUCACCUGUCUACUGCAAGACAUCAUUCAAGGUGUGAAUAGCAAACCUUCUAGUCCAGUUGAUCAGGCCGACUCCAGAGCCGAAUCGAAGGAGUCCGACGACCCAAUGAGAAUGCCAAUGAGAGAACCUUCCAUCCUGGAUGUCAAUAUCAUGCCUGGCCCGUCAUCAUCUUCAUCGGCGAAGAAUGGUGAAAGCUACGUUCUGCCGUCUCUGUUUGAAUCAGACGAUAGUGACAUGGAGGAUCUGCUGGAAGAUAUACUAGAAAGAGGAAAAACGCUUUUCAUUAGAAAAUCCAGCUCAAGAAUGGCUGUUGGAGCUGUGUCAAGUAUUUCAACAGCUCUGGAUUCCAGACUGGAAUAUGGCUUGGAAAACAACGUUUCAGUCAAUUUGAGAAGAAUAACAGCUCAAGCCGCAUACAAUCUGCCGCUGUGCAUCAACUCUUCAAUUGCACAAAAGGGACUGCAAAAUGAUGGCUCAUCAUUGCCUGUUUGGGAUGAAAGCAUAACGGCGCCGUGGCAAUUGCCCGCUAAUUCUUCUGUUGGCUUGUCCAGCAUUGAAAUGCUAUCGACUGCUUUUGAUACACUUUUCGGACAAUUGAACCAGAGCCGAGAUGGUGACCUGGAAGCCGUUGUACAACUUUGGCUGACGUUGAGCACUGAGAACGAUUCGGGUGGCGGAGGAAGAAACUUUGACGCAUCAGUUGUCCCUCUCAUUCAACUGUCGCCCUCGGCCAUUUCCUCGCUGAUGAGUACGCUUGCUAAUCGCGGCGGCAUAUCGGUGCGCGAAUGGUGCCUGUCGUUCCAGGCGCUGACUCUGUUCUCGAACCUGCAGUGUACGUCGCCCCCCACCUCGCCCACCCCCUCCAGUGACCAGCUGGAGCAUGCGCUGUGCGGCGCUGCCAGCCUCGUUGUCAACGACGCCAACUUUGUGCCAAUGCUCGACGCAUUCCUCUCCAGUCCGCAUAUCAAAGGAUGUGCGGGCGUAUCAGUGUGCAACAGCCUUCACGAACUGCUGGUUCGCCUGGAGAUGCGCUGCGACGUGGUGUCAGGUAACAGCACGUGGGGCAAUCGCCUCAAAGAGCUGCUGCUGAACCUGGUGUACAUGCUGGUGAGCGAGGGAGGCGCCAUUGCGGCGCUGUACGGCCCACUCGACGCCCAGACCGGACUCAUUCUCCUCCUGCUGCAUCUCAACUUCCCCAACAUCAACCUCAGCACAGCUGUUGGCAUACUCCAGUCUGUCGGCGUGCUAAUCGAACGCUACGUGCUGAACGCGGAAGGCACGGGUGGCGGAGGCGGGGCCAGUGGGCGGGGCGGUCGUGGUGGGGGUGGGGCCUCGGAGGCCCCCUCCCACAGCGGCAGCCAAUCACAGCAGCAGCAGCCAAUGGGCGGGUCGUCGCUCACCUUUGUCCUGAACAACCCCUCGUGGGAGCACCUGUUGAUUGUGAUCAUCCGCCUGGUCACCAACCUGGUGCAGACGCCGCUCGAGGCGCCGCCUGGCGAGGACACGCAGACUGACGAGCACAAGGCCGCACACAGCAGUCAGGCGCCCGUCAAGGCCAAGUGUGUCGCUGAUUUCGUGGUACAACAAGAACGGACAAUGGCACAGCUGAUUGGUGGCCUGGGAGGCUGCCAGUGGUCGUCAUUCUCGAUGCUGCGUAGUGGAGGAGGCAGUGGGGGGUACUCCCCCGACUCGAGUGACCCGGUCUCCAUCGGCGACGCCCUCCUGCAGCUGCUCUCCACACUCGCCAACAAGGCCACCGAUCCUAAACUCAUCCUGAAGCCGCUAUUCACGCAUCUAUCGACAUGCGGGCUGACGAUACCUCUGCAGUGGCUGGUACUACAAGUGUUGGACUCUGACCAGGCACUUCGCGAACUGCUGGAGAUGUCAGGCAUGGACAUAAUCAGUGCCAAUCUGGUUGAGACAACAGGCAUGCUCAUCAGCUCACAGCCCAGCACUGUCUCUGUCAUCAUGCAGUAUCUCAGUCAGAUGCCGAACUGCGCCCCGCUGACCGCCUCGUCGCACCACAAGAAGGGCUGCAGCAGCAGCAGUGGGGGCGGAGGUGGGGGCAACUACGCCAACAAUAGCACUGCGGUGGCGACCGUCAACAACAACAACAACAAUGGCGGCGGCGGCAACAGCAGCGGCAGCAAUGGCGGCGCACACGUGACCUCGUCAUCGUCAUCAUCACACCUCGAGUCGCACGACUCCAUGGUCAACUUUGCGCCCCUAGGUAGCAUAAUCUGCUCGAGCAACCCGACAUCGCAGUCAGCCGACGUGUUGAUCCAGCCGGCGCCUCCUCACAGACGCGCGCGCACACCCGCCUGGUCCUACCACUUCUACUCGGAGGAGAGCUGGGUCGACCUCACCAUCACCCUGCCCUGUGCGGUGCUCCUCAAGGCGGUGCACAUUCAGCCGCACCUCUCCUCGCUCGCCAAGUCGUCGAUUGCAGCGUGCCCGAGCGGCGUCAGCGUGGAGAUCAGCCGUGACGGCGGUCGUUCGGGAUUCGUGCCGGUUGCGGCGCCCUUCAACACGAGCGGCCUCACGCACGUACGACUCACGCUGCCGCAUGCCGAGGUUGUCACCAGUGUGCUGUUGCGACUCUACAAGCCGCGUGACUCAUCCAACAUUGGACUGUCGCAGAUCAAGCUGCUCGGUGCCACCACGUUUGGAGAUAGUGAUUUGCCCGAUGCCAGACGCCCAAGCCGAUACACACAGAGCAGUCUGGGCUGGCUGCGUCUGCUGCACCACUGCCUGACAGCUUGCUCCGACCCGGCACUUCGCCGUUCCCUGCUAGAUGCCGCCUCCGGCUCCCCUGCUGCCUCUGCGUCUCCAGCCGCCUCUUCGCGCCUGCUGUCUGCCUGCUGCAGUCUACUGCUAGCCUCGAGCGGGCCGGCUGCAGUCACCGAGUCGGUGCUGCUCACUCUCGGGCUGCACAGCUCACAACUCGGGCUGCAGCUGAUCGGUGUGCUGUUGAACAAUGGCGGAAGUCUGGCCAGCGCUGUGCAGUCGGUGGUUGGGCUGCUCUUCCGCUUGGGCACCACUGUCGACGACAACAUCAGAGAGCGACUGGCCGCCAUGUUGGACUGGCUACACCAGGCUGCUACCACUGUACAGAAUCAACUUAGCACCGCAUACAUCCAAUGUCUUUCUUCGAUUCUCUGGACUUGCUACGAGAAAAAUCUUUACUGUGAUUUGCCUUCCAUGAUAACGCAACCUCUUUUCAGCGCCGUCUACGAAUGGACGUUGAAGCUGAGUCCCCAUAGCUGCUUGAAAAAAGCCAUCGACAGUGUUCUAUGCUCAAUGUGCUAUAUCAAUCCAGCUCUCUUCCCGACUUUGUUACAAAGAAUGAACAUUCUGGUACCGAUUAGUACCUCUAGUCCACAGGCUUCCAUUUCAGAUGAUAGGAAAGACACAGAGCAGUCGGCUAGCAGUAGCAGCAGCAGCAGCAGCAGCCUGACAGAUGACAGCAAGGAGCAGUGGUGGGGAGGUAGAGUGGUGCUACAGGAUCACACCAACAUGGCGCUGUCAGAAGGCCAGCUGUUGACAGUCGCCGUGGCCUGUCAGUCGCCGCCCGCCACCCGCCACCUACUCGACUCCGGUCUUCCCAGUCUCAUUGCGCAUGCGCUACUAGGUUUUUGUUUGAAGAAGAAGAAUUCUGAAACGAAGAAUGAACCAGCCAACCAGUCAAGGAUGACGGAUUCCGAUAAAGCUAGUGGACGCAACCAUGUUAUCAGCGUUGAUGCAAUGGGAGUGAUGCUGAAAUUCCUGGAAGAAGUGUGCAUGGCAGGGCAGAUGAGGGAUUGGCUCGGCUCUCCGGAAGGAUCCAUUUUCUGGGGCCCACUUCUUUCGCUCUUAUGCAAUAAACCUACCAACGAGAAAAGGUGUGACGUGAGCAGCACCCUGCACUCUCUGGAAUCGGCGACUGUCUCUUUCCUGGCUCGCUGCUGCUGGUGUCAUCCCAACAACCAGAAGCUGUUGGCCAAGGUGCUCAGUGACGUCAUAUCCCAGCACAAAACCACUAAUCACAAAACAGGCGGAAUAUCGGGCGUGACGAGACGCAUGAUUCUGCAGCUGCUGCUGGAGAGUGAGAAGGUGUUUGUGAGCGUUGAGGGGUGGAGUGGUCAGAACAAUGGAGUGAUCACGCCCACUCACCCGAGGCACGUGUCACGGCUGGUGCAUCUCAGUGUCCACACCACCAUUGCUGACAUACUCCGCAUGAUUUCCGGCGCUGCUUCGGUGUCGGACGGUGGCAGCGGUAGCGGUGGCGGGAGUGGCGGCAGUGGUGAGGGUGUUUGGGAGGUGCGGGGUGGAGGCGGUGGCCAUGAGUCGUGGCAGGAGGUGGACAUGUCGGUGGCUGCAGGCGUCACAGCCAAGGACAAGCGCCUCAAGGACGCCAAGAACGCCCAACAACGCGCCACGCCCUACGGCAAGAAGGCGCGCACCAAUCAACCCGAUACCCAAGCAUCACAGAACAUGAGACUGUGCCUGCGCCAUCCCGACUUGGAGGAGAAAGUACUUCCCGGCUCGCUCACUCUCAGUCAGCUGCUCUACAUCCUCGAUGAACGGGGAAUAUCACUCAGCAAUCCCUACAUAUUCCUCACACUAGAUAUAGCCAAAAGUUCCUCCACUAGUAGUGAUGCCGAGCAAACCGACCUGACGCAAUCGCCGAGCCUGCCGACGGCACUGCAGGUGUUCACCCAGCAAGGUGGCCUGGCACUGUUGGCCGAACAUCUGCCGCCCGUCUACCCGGAGACACUGGCUCGACUGCCCCCGCCACCGCCGCCACCCGCCUCCACCGCCCCCGACUCGGCCUCCGCACCCGCCGCCUCCGCCUCGGCCGUCGUCGAUCAGGUCGUCUACGACGCCUGGGUCAAGGUCGAGCCCAAUGAUGACAUCUAUGAGGAUUUGGACGAAUACGUAUGCCUGGGCGAAGGCCAGAGCAGUUCGACAGUGGGCAGUGGGGGCGCAGGGGGCAAGAGUGGAGGGGGCCGUGGCGGGGAGUGUGGAGGGGGCACGCCCACUGUGCCCCUGCACUCGCUGGCCGCCUUUGGCCUCUUUCUGCGCCUGCCCGGCUAUGCUGAGGUGCUGCUACGUGACAAGUGCAAGGCACAGUGUCUGUUGAGGCUCACGCUCGGCGUUACCGAUGACGGUGAAGGUGGUGACAUCCUGACGUGUCCAGUGGCCGGGUCGCUGCCAACACUGCCAUUCGAGGUGUUGCGUCUGCUGCUGGAGUCGACGCCGCUGACGACGGAUGACGGCCGUCUGCUGCGACGCACCGCCCUCGACACGGGCGCACUAAGGCUACUGCUCGCCUGCCUCGCCAUAUUCACGCACCAGCCACCCUCAUCUUCCCCCAACACCAACCAGACUGCAGGAACGAAGCAGCAGCCAACCAGUGACAAGGGGAGGGGGACUGGCAAAGCGGGUGCUGAGGAGAAGUCGCACCUGUACUGGCGGUAAGGGUGUUGGGGGGAGCGGUGGCUUGAACCUGGACAUGGAGACGUCAAGCGAGGAGAGCACCGACGUGGAGGGGGAGGGUGAUGGUGAUGAGGAGGAGGAGGGGCAGGAGCGAAACGCCACUCCGCCCCUCCCGCCACAGUUCCAUGACAUUCUGCAGCAGUCCUGUCUGCUACCUGCGCUCUCUUCCUAUCUCAGAAACGAUUCAGUGUUGGACAUGGCGCGCCACAUUCCGCUGUACCGGGCCGUGCUGCAGCUGUUGCGAGCAAUGGCCUUGAAUCCGCAGCUGGUGUCACUGCUGCUGCCGCAGAAGGCCACCAUCGCCGCCAACCAACUGUCCAUCGUCUGUCUGCUCGUCAAGAUGCAGAACUGUGUCGACAUCUACGCCAACCGCCUCAAAAACAACAACAAGGCCAAAGGACAUCGCAAGUCAGUGCGCACCACCACCACCAACAACAACAACAACAACAACAACAGCAGCACCAGCAACAACAACAACACGAGCAAAACUCAGGAAGAAAUGGAUAAUGAUGAAGGUCUGGCUCUGCUCAUCCCGGACAUUCAGCAGACUGCCUGUCUUGUUCAGGUAUUAACGAAUAGGAUUGUAUACGAUACGGAAACAGACGGUGAGAGCACUAGUCAUGCUGAGGUGGAACAGCCUCUACAGCGAACUCUGGAGGAACGAUAUCUGGAGGUUAUGAAAGCUCUACAGUUUGAUACGUACGACAUGAUAGUGGAGAAGAGCGACAGUAGUGGGUUCCAGUUUGUGGUGGGCUACCACUUUGAGUCGAACGUGCGCUCGUGCGGCGAACGCAGCCACCCGGCGCGCAUGAAGCGUCUCGCGCAGGAGACGGUCACCCUCUCCACCUCGCUCCCCCUCUCCUACAGCAGCUCCGUCUUUGUGCGCUGCGACUCGGACCGGCUCGACAUCAUGAAGGUGUUGAUAACUGGUCCGGCGGAGACGCCGUACGCGAACGGGUGCUUUGAGCUGGACGUGUUCUUCCCGCCCGACUACCCGAACUCUCCGAUGCUCAUCAACCUGGAGACGACCGGCCACCACACGAUCCGCUUCAACCCCAACCUCUACAACGACGGCAAGGUCUGUCUCAGUGUACUCAACACCUGGCAGGGUCGGCCCGAGGAGAAGUGGAACGCGCAUACCUCCAGCUUCCUACAGGUGUUGGUGUCAAUCCAAUCGCUGAUCCUGGUGCCGGAGCCCUAUUUCAACGAGCCAGGCUACGAGCGCUCGCGAGGCACCCCGUCGGGCGACCAGAGCUCGCGCGAGUACAACUCCAACAUUUGCCAGGCCACCGUCAAGUGGGCAAUGCUCGAACAACUCAGGAAUCCCUCGCCCUGCUUCAAACAGAUAAUUCAGACACAUUUCUACAUGAAGCAGAAAGAGAUCAGAAAUCAAAUAGAGAAUUGGAUUGUAGACAUGGAGAGUCAGGCGAACGAUCGGCGUACGGGUCGUUCUAUAUCGUUGAACGCCAUUGCUCUCAAGAGACACUACCACCAACUGCUGGAAGAACUAGGGCAGCUGCAACCGCCCCCCGGCAUGGAGGAUCUAGCCGAAGUGGAAGUGCCGAGUGCCGCUUCCACGAUGACGGCUGGCCCCGCCCCCACAACCACCCCUACCACAGCCCCCGCCCCGGCCCCCAACGACCACGAAACCGAUCUGCAAAUGGAGAAGAUGGUGUCACAAGUGUGCGAGUGAACUCAUGUCUAGUCGUUGUACUUGUUGAUGUUGUUGUUAUUGUUGAAAUGUACCUGAAUGAGAUACAAAUUUCGGUGAUGAACAUCGGUUUGAGAACCAGAGGAAGUGAUUUUGUACAAGUGUUUGUUGUUUGAUGCAAAUUUCGGAGAUAAACGAGAACGAGCAAUAUUAAACGAAAAUGAUGAUGAACAUGUUUGUGUAAUGGUUCGAUGCAAAUUUUGGUGAACAUUGAUAGAUGGGCAGCGAUAAUUUUGCGUUAUGUGAGUGAUUAUUGUUCCCUCUCUGACAACGGUGACAGUCUGCAAACGACUCGAUAAAUAAAAAUCGAUGAUGAUUAUGAAUAUCUGCUUCAUUUUUCAAUUUCGAAGCAGUUUUGUUGUUGUUUUGUAAUCGAAUUUAUCCAAACAAAGUCCGUUUGAGAAGAAAAAUGUUGAAUACUGUUACUUUUCUUUAUUAUUUACUACUAUUUUAUAUAACUUUUAUACAGUUACAAUAGAUGAUGAAUAACGUUGUGGCUAUUAAUUGCGUUUAGAAAAUUGUAAUUACUAUGAUUCGAAUUUCGAUUAUGUAUGUGUAGAAAAACCUCGUUGUAAUGUUAACAAUAUAGAAUACUACUUGGAUUAUGGAGUGUAUCCGAUUAAUGCUUUCAUGCUAUUAGGAACGCAUCUGAUUACGAAAGAGUUGAUGUUUAUCAAAAAAUAUCUAGUUAGAAAUCUGUCGGAAUUAAAUAUGUAUAUGUGAUGUUGUUUAUUUUGUACAAUAUGUAUAUUUUGGCAUGACGCCUGUAUAUUGUAUACAUAUUCCUAAGCCGUAAUCAAGUUGAAUAAAGAUAAAUAUCUUUUGUAACGUG